AUGUGCGCAAUGAAGCUGCCCCUGGUGGUCUGCCUGAUCCUCACCGCCGCUCUGCUCCUCGGCCAAGGCCACGGGAUCCCGGUCGAGGUGGACGUGCCCGCCCCCGACUCCAACGACCUCGACACCGACUUCGACGAGGCCUCCGAGAAGACCCUGGGCACCGUUUCCAUCAAGGUGCGGCACAUCCAGACGGAUCCUGCUCUGUGCGAGGACACCUCGCGCUACCACCCACACUACCCCCAGUGCCACAGCUACUGCAAGCACCAAGGUCACUGGAUCGGGCAGUGCAAAAAGAAAACCUGCCAGUGCUUCUCGUAGAUGGGCCUCGGGUAUCUGUAAACCAAAAUACCAUUUUUUUUUUUACCAGAGAUUAAGAAUUUAACCGACUAUGUGAAAAAUAUUAUAAGCAAUGUGUAACUGUUGCAAAUAAAAAUGUUUGUUUAUUAGUUUCUGUUUCGUUCAAAGGUUUUACUAAUUUUCCUAAAUUUCGUGAAUUGUUCAACAGAUAUUUAAAACAAAAUGUAUCCUCCGAUUCUGAAUAUUUUAAUUUAGUUCCAUUGUGGUAUUUAUUGUUGAAAUACCAAAUAAAGAGCGAAUAACAAUAUCCAUAAAUAACAAUUUACAAACAAAA